AUUUGUCGUCUCACUUUGGUAGUUCCCCAAUUCGGGCGAACACUUCACAAAGCUUGGCACAACCUACCCAAACUUUCACGAGCGAGUACAGAACCCAGUCCCGCCGACGAACAGCAGCAGAUCAGCGCAGAUUCAGCAGGAAGACUUCGUCCAGAUCUAUCAAUCGGCAACAAUUACAACGGCCUGACGCUCAACGAGAUUUUCCGUCGAACGCGAGCUCUCGAUAUCUGAUUCUUUUAACCAAGGCAGCUUCACCCACCCGCGCCGACAUCGUAGAAUGGUAGAAGGUGAAUCCGACACAAAGUGCAAUAUUAAGUGUGAUGUAAAAGACGAGCGGCUAAACGGUUGCGGUUCCAAGGAACUCGAACUUGCCCGUAUCGGAUUAAAGGGCAAAACUCUUGAUCCAGAACAGGGAUCCUAUGUUCAAGCUGAUUUUGAGAAAGCCAUCGAAUUAAGCGAAUAUGGCAAGUUUCAUUACUUCUUGCUCGCGGUAUGCGGCUUCGUUAGCACGAGUGAGGAGAUGGACGUAAUCUCCAUGUCCUUCAUCCUGCCGAGCGCACAAUGUGACCUAAAGCUUGACACCCAAGCAAAGGGAUGGCUCAACUCGAUCAUCUUUAUCGGGAUGAUGGCCGGAGCGUAUGCUUGGGGCUCCGUCGCGGACGCCCUCGGCCGUCGAAAGGUCCUAAUCGCCAUCUCGUUCAUGAACGCCCUGUGCAUCGUCGCCUCCAGUUUCAGUCAGACAUAUGAACUUUUCAUGUUUUUCCGUUUUCUCAACGGUGCAGCGCUUGGAGGUAGCGGACCGGUCAUCUGGUCGUACUUUGCCGAAUUUCAGCCCAAGUCUAAGCGCGGCUCCAUGCUGUCCUUCAUGGCGGCAUUCUGGACAUUGGGAAAUCUUUUUGUGGCUGGGCUGGCAUGGCUGAUCAUUCCUAGACAGAUGGGUUUCACGAGCACGUCGUUCACCUACAACUCCUGGCGAAUCUUCCUGCUGAUCUGCGCUAUUCCGUCGUUCGUCGUGACGGGGCUGCUUCUGCUGCUUCCCGAAUCCCCCAAGUAUCUCUUGUCCUCCGGAAAAUACGAGGAGGCCCUCGAGAUUUUUCGCAAGAUAUAUGUUAUUAAUACUGGCAAACCACGCGAAACUUAUACGGUGAAAGAACUGAUACUCGAUGAUUUUCAAGAAUCGAACUCGAUAAAAACCGAGGUGGAGGAGAAGAGCAAAUGCAAAACCAUGCUGGGUGAUAUUGUGGAGAAUAGUAGACAGCUAUUCGUAACGCCCAUUCUUCGCUUCACGAUAAUAUCGAUUGUUAUUAAUUUCACCUUCCAUAUCGGUUAUUACGGUUUGAUGAUGUGGUUUCCCGAGCUGUUCAAUCGUUUCGACGAAUUUCAUCGCGAUCAGCCGACCGUGGUGGCUUCGAUAUGCCAGGUCACCGAUUAUGUCGUCAGUAAGGGCUCGCACAGCAUCGAGAAUGUUUGCUCGGACAAGAUUGGAGAAUCCGUCUUCAUGGAGUCUCUUAUUACGGUAGCAUCCGCCAUACCUGCUAAUAUCAUCGCUAUCUUGGGAAUGGAUCGUCUUGGGCGCAAAUUUUUUCUAGUGUUCAGCACAUUUUCAUCGGGAUUAUGUUCAGUGGGCUUAUACUUUGUGUAUAACAAAUAUCAGAAUUUGGUCGUGUCGGCUAUCUUCAGUGGUGCGAUAAGUUGUGGUAAUGCAGCGUUGGAUUGUCUCAUCACUGAGGUGUUUCCAACGCAAUUGCGUGCAACCGGAAUCGCUAUAUCGAUGGUCGCUGCACGUCUAGGUGGGAUAAUAGGUAACAUAGUUAUAGCUCAGCUCUUGGAUAUGUAUUGUCCGGCACCGACCUUCAUAGUGGCUGCACUCCUAAUUGGUGGAGGCUUGCUGUGUUUAUUCUUACCAAAUACAACACGCGAACCACUUUCUUGACCACACUAAUAUUUUAUUUCAGACAACAGGCUGCGACCAUCUAUGUAUUUUUAUAGAGUACAAGUGUCGUCAAAUUUUUGAAAUCCCUGAAUAUCAUAUUAUUUUAUUACUUUUUAAUUUUACACUGUAAAGUAAAAUUUAAAAAAAUUUCCAUUUUGCAAGUAGGAAAUUAGAAUUUCUAGUAUUUGUAAUAGUCCUUAUUAGGGGAAAUACGUUUUAAGCAAAACAUUAUAAGUUUAUUGAUGAAAUGAGAAUAUAACAUUUAUUUUGAUACAGAAUGCAACAGAGUUAGACGCAUUAGUUGAAUUUUAUACAUAUAUUGAUAUUAAUCAGUGAUUAAUUUAGAAAUAAUUAAAUUGAAUCGAAACAUAUAGUAAAUGAAUAAAAAUUUCCUUAUCAUUAAUAAUUCUCAUUAUUUUAUAUUGCGACACGCAUAACUUCAUACAGAUUGACUGUAACAUGUAAAUGUAAAAAGAAACUGAAAGAAAAAUAUAAAAGUAAAAUAUUCUUUAAAA